GCUUAUCUUAACUGCUAACCAACUACUAACCAACGUUUUUCUUCACCACAAUCAUGGGGUUGCUCGACUUUCUGUACUCGAUUGUCAAGGCCAUUUGCGGUCAGUCGUUCCCGACAGAAGGCGAAAAGCCUACCGGCGUGCAAAGACCACCGCGGCCACAGGAGCCACUUUCUCCUCUUCCAGGCGCUUGGCCCUCCAAACCGUCAGCCCAACAUGACCAUAUACGAUAUCAAGACCAGAACCAAUCCAAUCAACAUAAUGAACGCUACACGUCCCUUCGCGCGAAGGCAAACCAGGAGGGAGACGCGAUGGCUAAAUGUUUUCAGGAGAGCCACGAGGCUUACGCCCGCCGUGAGGGUGCGCGAGCUAAGGAACUCUCAGAGAAGGGCAAGCAGCACGAACGUACCAUGGAAGCCUUAAACGCGGAGGCCAGUGCAUGGAUAUUCCGAGAGAACAAUUCGGACAGCAAGCCGGGCGAAUUGGAUCUGCACGGACUCUACGUCAAAGAAGCCAUAUCAUACUCGGAUAAAGCUAUCAAGGAGGCUCGGCAGCAGGGGGAUUCACAGAUUCGCCUCAUUGUUGGCAAAGGUUUGCACUCGAAUGGCAAUGUCGCUAAAAUCAAACCUGCCCUAGAGGACUUCAUGAGACAGCACAACCUUCCUGUUGAGGUGGACCCACAGAAUGCAGGCGUUCUGAUCGUGCAGCUUGCUUGAUCAUCCUUUGUGAAAUGACUGAAUUUACCCGACGGAUCUUGAUUCAAUGUACUGCGUGUACAUCCGGCCGCAAUAACGCUCUCGCCUCCCAUUCAUCUGCGAUUCUGCCGAACAAAGGAAUGAUAUCGAUGUAUGUAUAAAGAUGUAUCUAUUUCCAUGUAUACCAUUGUGACAUAACCUCCGAUGCUGUGAACACGAGGUUGACGUGAGG